AUGAACAUCGGAGGAGUCAUCCAGUAUGAUCACGGAAAGGCAGUCAAAAGGGGGUUCCUGCAGCGGACAGGGAUCUUGAAUAAGCCACCGCAGUCACUACUCACCGCGCUGAAUCGAUUGGAAGCAGACCAUCUCCUGAACGAAAGUCAGAUCCCGAAAUAUCUGGCUCGGAUGGCGGCGAUUCCGCUAUUCGCGUAUCCGGGCCAGCAAGAAGGAGGAGAAGAGGGAGAAGACGUGCUCUUCCAGGCUGGGUACGAGCACGUCCACGCAAGCAUAGCGUGCAAAAAGUCCUGUGCACGGGAGAAGUCGAUCCGUCGCCCUGCGAGAUCCUCGACAGAUCCGCAGGCUCAUUACGGGCUGAUCGCGUCCAGUAACCAGGUGGUCAAGAACGGGGCCAUUCGGGACCGUCUCGCGCGGGAACUGGGGGUGUUGUGCUUCGAGAUGGAGGCGGCCGGACUGAUGGAUCAGAUACCGUGCUUGGUCAUUCGAGGGAUCAGUGACUAUGCGGAAUUCGCACAAGAAGGAUCGAUGGCAGGGAUAUGCGGCUGCGACGACCGCGGCCUGUGCAAAGGAGAUCCUUGCUGCUUUGCCGGGGGUUCAAGUUCAACCUGUGGGAGCGCAUUCUCGGGAUUCAAAGACUCAAUCUGA